AUGUUUCAGGAUCAGCUCAAGGGAAAAGAUUUAGUUCAUGCAUUAUCGGAUUUCCCUUACUAUCCGCCUAUAGACGCAUCCACAGUAUCCGCUAGUUUGCGACCAAUUGGAGAUUCAACAGUAACGGAUGGCGCUUUUAAGAAAAUCAAAGCUGAGAGCAGUAGCUCUGUUUUCUCGAGCUCAUUAUCAAAUGGUCCCCAGGUUCCAGCAAGCGUAAGGCGAAGACACCGUACGACUUUCACACAAGAACAACUUGCAGAACUUGACGCUGCCUUUCAGAAAUCGCACUAUCCUGAUAUUUAUGUUAGAGAAGAAUUAGCUCGAAUAACAAAGCUUAAUGAAGCACGCAUACAGGUAGUCCUUUUAUAUUACAUUUCAGUGGAAUUGAAAAAAGUGAAUACCACAAGUCCAUAA